AGUACACACGUUUUAUUUUCAACUUAUGUCUGCAACGGCACCACCUCCUGUGACCCUCAUGUGCUGCCGUCCUGGGUCUAAAAGCAAAAUUACCCCGGAUCAUAACAACAGGUCCCGUCCAUUACAUUUUUUUUUUUCCUCGGGACAAUGGCCGCAGCUCUCCCUAUUCACACUCACUACACACACGGAUCCCACCGAGCAGAGCACGGAGUCGACACUGUAGUACGCGCUGAGGGGCGUAAACUGCUGGAUAUGUAAAUAUGGGUAUUUAUCAAAGCGCAUAUUAAUGAUAUGUACUCCGGACUAUUUUAAACUCCCACGUGGAGUUUUCCUUUGCUUAAGUUGACAAGUUUGUCCGCUCACGCCGAUCUUUAGCGUGCGUAAAGUUGUGCGUAAUUUGUGCGUAAAGUUGUCCUUCAUACGUUGCAGGGCAAAAUGAAGAUAUCACUGCAUUAUUUAUGAUCCUUACAACUUUUAUAGUGACAAUAUACAUACUCUUUCGAGGCAGUUUGUUUUGUAAUCGCAUAAUCAAAGUGGGAAAUUGCUGUUUCAUAGCCGCGCAGCCUUUGUUCACUGCAACAAAAGAAAGACGACUGUAUAUCUGGAUCAACUUUUUUAGGACUUUUAUCGUACAAUAACCUUUGCAUAACAACUAUUUUUCUCAAGCGUUGCCAGAGGCACUGCGCAUGCGUGCUGGCUGCGUGCUGUCACUAAGACAUUUUUCUUCACGUUGGAAACUGUCACUGGUGACGUCAAUCACCGAGCUCUGACCAAUUAGAGCGCAGGGUGAUUGUUUAGCUCCACGGGCUGCUCGCCUACCAUGAAUCUCUAUUCAGUAUCAAAGCGUCCUGCUGCUGCCUCUCAACCGAAUGGGAUUCCAUGUAGUCUGCAGAUAGACUUAACUUUAUAAAGUUUUUUUUUUUUUAUUUUUCAUUGCGAUUAAAAUAUAUUUGUCAUCAUCAUUAUUAUUUUGCCUGCUGUCAAGUUAUUCUAAAAUUAGGAAGUAAUGAGCGUGGAUGCAUUGGGAAGCCCCGUGAUGGACCCUACGUUUUCCAAACGGAACACGGCGCUGAGAUUAGUUGACUUGGCAGGGGCUCACCACCAUCACCAUCAUCACCACCAUACCCCUCAGAGCGUGACAGGCUUCCCGGGGUUCAGCAGCCAUCCACACUCAAUGGCUCACUCGCACCCUGGGGAGAUUACUGCGGAACCCCGCCUGGGGCCGAGUCCAUUCGGGCCAGAACACAUGGGGCACUCCGCGGCCCUCAAAAUCAGCCCAGCCCAUCAUUAUCCCCACCACCAUCACCACCACCACAAUCAUCACAUGGCAGGCCACAGUGAAGUGGUCUCCAGUCAAACGGGAGCUUUUGGCCCGGUUCAGGCGACAUCGGUCCCCUAUUCCAUGUCUCACACGGCCCAGGCUUUAUCCGCAGGUAGGGAUUUCCUCAUCCGGAGAGAUCUGACAGCUCAAGCCAUGCCAGUACUGACUGACCAGACUGCUGGUUCAGCCUCUCACCACGGAAUGUUUGUCUCAACAACAGGUAGCUAUCCCGGACACUAUGGUCAUCACCCUGACGCUGGGAACCAUACCCUCUUCUCCGGACUCCAUCACGACCAGCCUUCAAGCGGAUCACCGGGUGGCCAAGCGUUGAAUGGACAAAUAAGGUUAGGACUACCUGGAGAAAUGUAUGUUAGGUCUGAUCACUUGAGUCAAGUGGCAAGCUCCAGGGCUGAUCCGUUCUCCGCCUCGCCUUUGCAUGGCUACGGUGGUCUGAAUCUGAACAUGAAUCUUAGCGCUCACCACCACCACGGAGCCGGGGCUUUUUUCCGCUACAUGAGGCAGCCGAUAAAGCAAGAGCUGAUUUGCAAGUGGCUGGAGCCGGAGCACUCGCCGAAGAAACUUUGCUCCAAAACUUACAGCACCAUGCACGAACUCGUAACGCAUGUGACGGUGGAGCACGUUGGAGGACCAGAGCAGGCGAACCAUAUAUGUUUUUGGGAAGAGUGUCCGAGGGAAGGCAAACCAUUUAAAGCCAAGUACAAACUUGUAAAUCACAUUCGAGUUCACACCGGGGAGAAACCGUUUCCAUGCCCGUUCCCUGGCUGUGGGAAAGUGUUUGCAAGAUCCGAGAACCUUAAGAUUCACAAAAGGACGCACACAGGUGAGAAGCCCUUCAAAUGUGAGUUUGACGGCUGCGACAGACGCUUCGCCAACAGCAGUGACCGGAAAAAGCACUCCCACGUCCACACCAGCGAUAAGCCCUACAACUGCAAAGUGAGAGGCUGCGAUAAGUCCUACACACACCCCAGCUCCCUGAGGAAACACAUGAAGGUGCACUGUAAGUCCCCCCCGCCCAGUUCAGGCUACGAGUCGUCCACCCCGUCCCUGGUCUCCCCCUCCUCAGACUUGGGCCGGGAGCCAGGGGGCUCCUCGGUGCUGUCGGAGCCGGUGGGAGCCUCCCAGCCCGCGAAUUUAAGUGAAUGGUACGUGUGCCACAGUUCAGGUGCCAGCGGCGCCCAGACACCACCCAGCGAGCCCUCCACACCCGACCCCACAGACGAGCCACCUUACAGAAACCCAGAGCCGAGGGACGCGUUUUAACCCAAUUGGACUCACACACGGCGACAGAAGUGACAGAACACAUUUUCAGAAGCUUAACUAUUAAAAAUAGUCUGGCUUUGGUGCCUCCUAUUUGCCUGUGAAGGUCCACUGGUCCCCCACUUUUUUUUUUUUUUUUUUGGAUGAGCCACCAAACAGACGCGUUAUAACCACAUUGGAAGGAAAGAGUGCAAACCCUUAAAGACGUGCUAACUUCCAGGCACGAUAAAAGAAUAUAUUUUCAAACCUCAGCUAUUCAAAAUGGUUGGCUCAGUGCCUGUACGCCCUGACGGCCCACUGGUCCACUUGUGGAGAGAGUCGUGUAAAUCCGUUAGACUAUGUGGUACAUUAUUGUAGGCUAGGCAUGUUGGUGUAAAAUUAUUUUGUAAAUUCCAGUUUUGACUUCAAUAUGUUUUUAUUUAUUUUUCAAUCUGAUAUUGAAGGAUUUUUGUAUUAUCGAACCAAAGUGCAUGUUUCAAUUAGGGCAUAAAUGUACAUUUGUAAAUUUUGUAAGUUUCGAUGUGUUGAUGUUGAUAGUUUUGGAGGGAUCUGUCUUUGAGCAGCUUCUUGUUGAUAACUGCAGUUAUUUGUACAAAACAUUUUAUGUUUACAUCACCCCCCCCCCCCCACCCCCACCCCAUUUGUGCAGAAGGUCAACAAUUGAACUGUUUCAUACGCCUGCAGUAUUUGCUAUACAACCGUGAAAUUCUCAAUGUUUUAUCAAAGUGGGCAUUUUGUGAUUUUUGUAUCAUUGUCGUCAAUUUUUUUUUUUUUUCAUUUUUGAAUAUUUGAACUCGCGCCACUCAAAAUGCGUACCGAAUUGCCUUGUAAUUUGUGAGUAUUUUGAAUAAAUCUUGUAUGACAAAAGUGAAAUCGCUGCUGAGCCAGUGAGGUUUAUGAAAUUUAAGUAUCUUCAGGGGAAUAUGUGUAACAUUUAUUUUAUGACACUAAACAGGUGUUUAAAAAAAUAUAUUUUCCGUAAAAAAAAAAAAAAAAACUGUUGCUUCCUUACACGCAGCUUGUUUGUAAAGUCCAGUAGCUAAAAACAUGUCCAAGUCUGCUUUUCAGAUGCAGAGAAAACUGCUAAAAUUCUAAGAAAUAAAAUUUAAUGAAAGGUCUUUUCUAGAACAUUUAAAGUUUUAUUUCCCAAAGUGUUUCUUGGUUAAAAAAAAAAAAAGAAAAAAGAAAGAAAGGAAAAAAAAAAAAAGGAGGACUUAAAUUGUGCUCCACUUGUGUUAAGUCUUACUUUCUCAGCUGAGCUGUGGUUUGAUGCAGACGUGGGCAGAGUUUGAUGAAAGGCUACAAUAUUCUGAUCCAGACUUCAAAGAGCAUUUCGUACAAAGAGCCAUUUUUUCACGACGGUGAAUCCUCAUGGUGAAUUAAGAUUUCUAUAGCAAUAGCCAAGUCAAACUCAAAUGAUAUGGGGCCAAGUCCGUGGACUCAAAAGCCCGCUCUAAAGAAUGUAAUAUUUGCUUCCCAUGGGGUCGGAAACGGUAAUCUAUGUCCUUUAUAUUGCAGACUGGGGCAGUAUAAAGAAGAAAAAUAUAUUCUUUUGCUCUGGGCCUACUUUACGACAAUCAAAGGAGAAGCCGCUAAAACGCAGUUGUCCCACACCAUAAUAGACUUGCACUGCAAGAGGAGCGAGCUACUCAAUGGGUAAAUUUUAACCAGAAUCAUAUUUUAGCCUCAAUACAUGAGAUAUAAAAAACUAUAAGAGCUUGGCUGCCUGUAAAGAUAAGUGCAAAUUUCAACAACAGAUGUAUAAAUUAAUUAUUUCAGCUUUAAACAGACAUAUCAUUUUUUUAGUAGUGUAUAUAAAACGAAACUUGUGAAUUAAAAAAAAAAAAAAAAAAAAA